GUUUUGGAAUGUGAAAUAGUACACUGAUAAAGAACAGCAACAGAGACAGGUAGCUAGAUGCCUUUGGAGAGAGAGAGAGAGAGAGAGGGGAGACGAGCGUAUCUUGGAAAAUCCUAAAAAGUAUAGGAUAAAUAAAAUAAGCCGUCGUGAAUCAAAUCCACCUAUUCUAAAAGCACCUUCCCAUUAUGCAAACAUUGGCCCCCUCUUCCUAGUUUCUAGCGUACAAGUAGGUCUCUACCCGGGUGGGUGGGAAGAGAGAGAGAGAGCUGUUUUGCAAUUGUUAGAUAUUGCUUGGUUUUGGUUGCGGGUGUUCUGAUGGUUUUUGGGAGGUUUAAAUACGCGAAACAAUGCUGUAAUUGAUCAACUAACAGAUAUGAAGGGGGUAACACACAAACAAGAAGAAGAGGAGACAAAAGAGCAAGAGGGGUGAAUGAGAGUUUAGUACCAAUGGGUCUGAAGAUGCAGCAGGGCCACCGUCAGUCUGUCGCUGUGAGAUUGAAUGGGCAAAUGGGGACCAAAAGAGGGUACACAUUCAUUCAAGCCAACAGGGCUUGGCUCCCAAAGUUUCUGCUGCUUUGGAUCAUGGCGAUGGCAUUCUUGAGCAUGACCAUCUACAGUAGGAUGGAUGCCGAUAAUAAAGUGCGAAGGAAGGAGGCACUAGGAAGCAUGUGUGAUCAGAGAGCUAGAAUGUUGCAAGAUCAAUUUAGUGUUUGCGUUAAUCAUGUUCACGCUCUCGCCAUCCUCGUUUCCACAUUCCAUUAUUAUAAGAACCCUUCAGCAAUUGAUCAGGGAACUUUUGCCGAGUACACAGCUAGAACCGCUUUUGAGCGGCCAUUACUGAGUGGGGUAGCCUAUGCACAGAGAGUGACUAAUUCAGAAAGGGAAAAUUUUGAGAGGCAAAAUGGUUGGACAAUAAAGACAAUGGAGACGGAGCCUUCACCUUUGCGAGACGAGUACGCUCCUGUCAUAUAUUCUCAGGAAAGCGUUUCUUACCUUGAAUCACUUGACAUGAUGUCUGGAGAGGAAGACAGAGAAAACAUUUUGAGGGCGAGGGCUACUGGGAAAGCCGUUUUGACAAGCCCUUUCAGGCUGCUGGGAUCUCAUCAUCUUGGUGUUGUGCUGACAUUCCCGGUUUACAAAUCCAAGCUCUCUUUGAGCCCAACAGUUCAAGAGCGCAUUGAAGGAACUGCAGGAUAUGUUGGUGGAGCCUUUGAUGUUGAGUCCCUUGUGGAGAAUUUGCUUGGCCAACUUGCUGGGAAUCAGGCGAUUUUAGUGAAUGUGUAUGAUGUCACCAACUCCUCUGAUCCCCUGAUCAUGUAUGGUCACCAAUAUCAAGAUGGUGGCACCUCUCUUUUACAUGAGAGCAAGCUUGAUUUUGGAGAUCCUUUUCGGAAGCAUCAAAUGAUAUGUAGAUACCAUCAGAAGGCACCUGUGUCAUGGACAGCACUCAGCACGGCCUUUUUGUUCUUCGUGAUUGGUUUACUAGUAGGUUAUAUCUUGUAUGGUGCAGGAAUUCACAUUGUUAAAGUCGAAGAUGAUUUCCAGGAAAUGGAAGAGUUGAAAGUUCGAGCAGAAGCUGCAGAUGUUGCAAAAUCACAGUUUCUAGCUACUGUUUCUCAUGAAAUUAGAACACCCAUGAAUGGCAUCCUAGGAAUGCUUGCCCUGCUUUUAGAUACAGAGCUGAGUUCAACUCAGAGGGAUUAUGCUCAAACUGCACAAGCCUGUGGGAAGGCACUUAUAGCAUUAAUUAAUGAGUUGCUUGACCGGGCAAAAAUUGAGGCUGGCAAGUUAGAGCUGGACGCAGUCCCAUUUGACCUCAGAUCAAUACUAGAUGAUGUCCUCUCUUUAUUUUCCGAGAAGUCUAGACACAAAGGGAUUGAGCUGGCAGUGUUUGUUUCCGAUAAAGUUCCUGAAAUCGUAUUGGGGGAUCCAGGGAGGUUCAGGCAGAUUGUUACAAAUCUUGUGGGCAACUCUGUUAAGUUCACCGAACGGGGACAUGUACUUGUUAAAGUUCAUCUAGCUGAACACACAAAGGCCAUGGUAAAUAAAAAUGCUGAAACUUGUCUGAAUGGUAAAUCAGAUGGAGGUCAAUUGGUAUCUGGUGGUCAUCAGUUUGAAAACUUGAGCAGUUGUGAAGCUGCUGAUGAGCGGAAUAGUUGGGAUAUGUUUAAGCAUCUCAUUGCUGAUGAAGAGUUCUUUUCUGAUGCUUCACCUAACAUAAUGAAUGCAAAUGAAGUGGCUGAACAUGUCACUUUGAUGGUAUGUGUGGAGGAUACUGGAAUUGGGAUUCCACUUUCUGCCCAGGAUCGGGUUUUCAUGCCCUUCAUGCAGGCAGAUAGCUCAACCUCUCGACAUUAUGGAGGAACUGGUAUUGGCCUGAGCAUCAGCAGGUGUCUGGUUGAGCUAAUGGGUGGUCAGAUAAAUUUCAUAAGCCGACCUCAGGUUGGCAGCACAUUUUCAUUCACUGCUGUUUUUGAAAGGUGCAAGAAAGAUGCUUUCUGUGAUAUAAAAAAACCUAAAUAUGAAGAUUUGCCUUCUGGUUUUAGAGGAUUAAAAGCAGUAGUCGUUGAUGAGAAACCAGUUAGAGCUGCUGUAACCAGGUACCAUUUACAGAGACUAGGAAUACUCGUUGAAGUUUCUAGUAGCAUCAAGAUUGCAGUUGCUAUGUGUGGAAAGAAUGGUUCUUUGACAUCUCGAAACUUCCAGCCAGAUUUAAUUCUUGUUGAGAAGGAAUCAUGGAUGUCUGGUGAGGAAGGAGGUCUGAAUGUUCGACUAUUAGAAUCGAAACAGAAUGGGAAUAUGUUUCAGGUGCCUAAGCUGGUUCUUCUCGCGACCAAUAUUAGGGAUGCUGAAUUUGAGAAAUCAAAGGCAGCAGGUUUUUCAGAUACCGUGAUCAUGAAACCUUUGAGGGCAAGUAUGGUUGCUGCAUGUCUUCAACAGGUGAUGGGGAUAGGGAAGAAGACACGGCAGGGGAAAGACAUGCCUAAUGAAUCUUCUUACCUUCAGAGCCUGCUUUGUGGCAAGAAAAUUUUAGUUGUUGAUGACAAUAGGGUUAACCGCAGGGUUGCUGCAGGUGCGCUGAAGAAGUUUGGAGCUGAUGUGGAGUGCGUUGAGAGUGGGAAAGCUGCUCUGGCAUUGCUUCAAAUACCACAUCAUUUUGAUGCCUGCUUCAUGGAUAUUCAAAUGCCUGAAAUGGACGGGUUUGAGGCCACUCGCCGAAUACGCCUAAUCGAGAGUAAUGCUAAUGAGCAAGUGAAUGGUGGAGCUAAUGAUAUAGGCACUAUUAGGAGAGAGUGGCAUGUGCCAAUAUUGGCCAUGACAGCCGACGUGAUUCAUGCGACAUAUGAUGAGUGCCUGAAAUGUGGGAUGGAUGGGUAUGUCUCGAAGCCUUUUGAGGAAGAGAAUCUUUACCAGGCGGUUGCAAAGUUCUUCAAAUCCAAAUCCAUGCCUGACUUAUAACAAGAAUUUCCAGUCACAUUACUGGCAAACCUGAAGUGGCAAAUGUGGGAUGGAUGGGUAUGUCUCGAAGCCUUUUGAGGAAGAGAAUCUUUACCAGGCGGUUGCAAAGUUCCUCAAAUCCAAAUCCAUGCCUGACUUAUAACAAGAAUUUCCAGUUUCUCUUCCCAGGCGGUUGCAAAGUUCCUCAAAUCCAAAUCCAUGCCUGACUUAUAACAAGAAUUUCCAGUCACAUUACUGGCAAACCUGAAGUGGCAGCUCAUGUAGGAUGAAAAGUACCAGAAAUUGAAUGCUUUGUAUAUUUCGUUUUCCUUCAGAUAGCAAUGGUGGGUUUCCUUGAAUGCAAAGAAGUCCUCAACUGACAUCGUUUAUAGGUUCAGUGAUUAUUUCUAACCGGCUCCAAUUUAACAUGAUUAGAUUUUAAGUACAUGAAUACUGCUACAAACAUCUCCAUCCCCACUUGUAUGUAUAGAUCCCUAGACAGGGAGGGAGCUAAAUUGUGUAGAUCAUAUAUUUUCGUUUGCUUUCCUGGGAAUUCUUUGGAAAAUGUCUCAAUACCUUAAUUUGUAUAAUUCUGUUAUAAAAGACUUUUGGGCAAUGAACAUUUUUACGUUGAGAAAAGGAAAAGUUGUUCUGAUUGAAAUCAGAUCUUAAACUAA